AUCCGAGUGUAGGUUCAAGGCAUGAACGUGUGUGUUGUGUGUGUCUGACUGAUUCCAGUGAAAAUUACCCCGGAGACGGACACAGACAGUUUUUUUGACCGUACCAAUGUGUGUGGCCUGUAGAUCUUCCACAUUAACCCCGGCUGAAUUAUCUCAUGGACACAACAGUAUAUCGAAAAUGAGGGAAUAAUCAGAGGAGGACGUACGGCGAGGCUCGUCUGUAGCUAACGUUUUGUUGAACUGCGAGUGGGAUCACAGCUGCUGGCUACGAAAAUGUCGGGAAAAAUAGAGAGCAAGCAAGACUCACAGCGAUCCCAUCUGUCCUCUUUCACCAUGAAACUGAUGGACAAAUUCCAUUCUCCCAAGAUCAAGAGGACUCCAUCCAAGAAGGGCAAGCAGCUGCAGCCUGAACCAGCAGCCAAAAAUACAGACAAACCUGCUAACAAGAAGGUGAGUCGGUUGGAGGAGCAUGAGAAAGAGGUGGUCAGUGCCCUGCGCUACUUCAAGACAAUCGUGGACAAAAUGGUUGUGGAGAAGAAGGUGCUGGAGAUGCUUCCAGGCUCAGCCAGCAAGGUCCUCGAAGCCAUCUUGCCUCUGGUUCAGGUGGAGGCUCGGAUACAGCACAGCUCGGCACUGUCUUCCUGUCAUAACCGCGUGUAUCAGAGUCUGGCUAACCUUAUCCGCUGGGCAGACCAGGUGAUGCUGGAUGGCAUCGACUUGGAGGACAAAGAAAAUGUGGCAUCUGUCACCAGUGUCAUCAAAGCUGUACUGGAUGGUGUGAAGGAAUUGGUGAAGCUGACCAUAGAGAAGCAGGAGCAGCCAUCACCUACCACUCCAAACAAACCAGCACCACCUUCUUCCACAGCAGAGACCAGCGUGUCAUCAGAGAUGCCCUUGAUAGAUCGGGAACAGGAGGUUUCGAAUAAAGUGGCUCCCGCAGCUGCUCCUGCUGAGGCUUCCUCUGACGCACCAGAUGAGGACGUAGCCCCUCCUAAACCCCCACUGCCUGAAGCCAAGAUGGCAGAGCUCAGAGCACAGUUGAGUGCUGACGCUGGCCAAAGAAGACCCUCCCAAAAGGAGAACCCUCCACCAGCCCUGCCACCUAAGAAGCGCCAGUCAGCUCCUUCACCUACACGGGUGGCAGUAGUUGCCCCCAUGAGCCGUGGCUCUAGCCUGCCCUGCAGCGUCCACAGACAGCAGCAGGACUAUGAGCAGGAUUACCUUCAGAGGCGUUUCUCUGGGGGCAGCCAGUCAUACGGAGGAGACUCCCCUCGCUUGUCUCCAUGUAGCAGCAUGGGGAAACUUAGCAAGUCUGAUGAACAGCUGUCCUCCAUGGAGCAGGACAGUGGUCAGUGCUCUCGCAACACUAGCUGUGAGACUCUUGACAAUACAGAGAAUUAUGACCCGGACUAUGACUUCCUCCACCAGGACUUGUCUGUUGGGGAUAACCUGCCCCCAAUCCCUGUAGGAGGGUGCCUGAGCCCCCUUCCAGAAUCUCACAGCGAGUCCUCUUCCCCAGUUCCCGGACAGCAUCCCUCACAUCCUCGCUUCAGCGCUCCCCCACCGCAGCAACCAGAAUAUUGGACCCCCCAACCCAAUCAACCUAAUCCCUUGUCCCGCAUUAGUGCACCUCCCGCCCUGCCCCAAAAGAAGCGGCGUAGCACUCAGACAUCGGCCUUCAGCGACGGAGGGUCGAGGGUACUGUAUGAGCGUUACCCCUCCCAGUAUGACAACUUGUCAGAAGAAGAACUGCACCCCACACCGCCUUUCCCCCUCUUCACACCCAUCUCACCCAUGCCUCAAACAAAUGGGGGUGUGUUCGUUGCCCAAUACAUAGCCAGCGAGAAUGCAGAUGUCCCUGCCAGCCCACCGCCUCUGCCAGAAAAGAAAAGCAGACACAUCCUUCAAUACAUGCAGUUUGUAGAAGACUACUCCGAGCCGCAGCCUUCAGUGUUCUACCAGAUGCCACAGAGUGAGAGCAUCUAUGAGCAACGCAACAAGCGCUUUCAGGACAUCUACGGCUUCAACGACUCCUUCAGCAGCACUGACUCUGUACACGAGCCAAUGCAGCCUCCAGCAUUGCCCCCAAAACAGAGGCAACUGGCCUCCCACUCUUCAUCCCCUUCUUCUUCCUCCUCCUCUUCUCUCUCUUGCCACCUCCAGCCGUCUGUAGCGGCCAUGGAGGAGGCGGGCUCUGGGCUGGGCCUCAGCAUGUCCGUCUCUAACUCGUACCUGAUUGGCCAAGCAUCCUUGACCACACCUACGAGCUUGGACCAGGUUGCCUUGACCAAUGCCACCAUUCUGGAUGGCAGCGGGGGCGGGACCAACGGUUCCCUGGCUGGCUCAAUGGGCUCUGUGGCUGUCUGUCUUCCUUCUGAGUCUUCUCUCACUGAUUCUCUCCACACCUCAGCGAGCGAGAGCGCGAAUGACGAGGGCGGGGAGGGGGAGUACGUCAACUUGUACUCAUCCAGCCAAGCCAAUGGAGAGCUGCCUCUCUCCCUCAGAGAAACGAUCGCAACUGAUGAUGUACUUCAAGACCCCGCCCCUCAGAUGCCAUCCAGCAAUAGCAAAGAGGCUCUAGAGAAGGAAAGGAGGCAGAAGUCAUCGGAGUCGGCUGGAAGUGAUGAGGAAGAUGUGGACGAGCUCUCCCUCAUAGACCACAAAGAGAUCAUGAACAGAAUAACACUAAAACAAGAAAAUGACGACGGCCCCGAUGUCCGUGCCGGAUCAGGGGAUAUUCUGUUAGUUCAUGCUACAGAAACAGACCGCAAAGAUCUUGUUUUGUACUGUGAAGCCUUUUUGACUACAUAUAGGACUUUUAUAACCCCCGAGGACCUCAUUAAGAAGCUACACUACAGAUAUACUAGAUUCUGCCAUAGUCCAGACACGUUCAAGAAGCGGGUCAGCAAGAACACAUUCUUUGUGCUCGUUCGUGUUGUGGAUGAGCUGUGCCUGGUGGAGCUGACAGAAGACAUCCUCAAACAGCUCAUGGACCUGGUGUUCACGCUGGUGUGUAACGGUGAGCUCAGCCUUGCCCGUGUGCUCCGCAAGAACAUCCUGGAUAAGGUGGAGCAGAAGAAGCUGCUGCGCUACACUAACUCCCUCAAACCCCUUGCUGCCCGCGGCGUCUCUGCCAGGCCCGGAACGCUCCACGAUUUCCGCAGUCAUGAGAUCGCUGAUCAGCUCACUCUCCUCGAUGCUGAACUCUUCUACAAAAUUGAGAUUCCCGAGGUUCUGCUUUGGGCCAAAGAGCAGAAUGAGGAGAAGAGUCCAAACCUGACUCAGUUCACAGAGCACUUUAACAACAUGAGCUAUUGGGUCCGCUCUUUGAUAAUUCAGCAGGAGAAGGCUCAAGACCGAGAGAAGCUGCUUCUCAAGUUCAUCAAGAUAAUGAAGCACUUACGAAAGUUGAAUAAUUUCAACUCCUACCUGGCAAUACUGUCCGCCCUGGACUCGGCUCCCAUUCGGAGAUUGGAGUGGCAGAAGCAGACCUCAGAGGGACUGGAGGAGUACUGCACAUUGAUUGACAGCUCCUCGUCCUUCAGAGCGUACAGGGCGGCUCUGGCUGAAGUGGAGCCUCCGUGCAUCCCGUACCUGGGUCUCAUUCUGCAGGACUUGACUUUUGUCCAUUUGGGGAAUCCUGAUCUCAUUGAUGGAAAGGUGAAUUUCUCCAAACGUUGGCAACAGUUCAAUAUUCUGGACAGCAUGCGGCGCUUCCAGCAAGUGCAUUAUGAGCUGAAGCGUAACGAAGACAUCGUCUCUUUCUUCAACGACUUCAGCGACCAUCUGGCGGAGGAGGCGCUGUGGGAACUCUCACUGAAAAUCAAGCCCAGGAACAUCGCCAGGCGCAAGACGGACCGCGAGGAGAAGACCUAAGGCCCGCAGACCUGAGACUGACCUCCAACUGUGCUUCAUGACACUAACUCCACUUUACUACAGACUGAGAGAGAGAGAGAGAGAGAGACGUAUGGAAGCUAUCUGCCGGAGCUACUGGGAGACUCACCGUGGGGAAAUACAGAACAAAAACUAGAGACGACUGAAGCGAGGCCGAGGUUUACAAAGAGCUCCACUUCUCUGGGAGAUUACAAUUGGGAUUAAUGCGGCUCUGGCGUUUAGACUGGGAGAGAUUCAGCAACGACCGGUGAAACGGGAGGGGAGUCCGGUGCCAAGAAAGGAGCGAAGAGUCACACAGAGCCGACAGGGAGGCGCUACGGACGUAACCAAAGUCUGCCUUCUGGGCUCUCUGUUUUAGAGUGGAGCUGUUGCGUGUGAGUGAGCUUGAGGUGAAUGGUCCAUUACUCUCCAAGUUGCUCCUUCCUCUUCCUUUAUGUAUGUGCCAUUUAUUGGUCAUCUUCUGCAGCCCUCUCUCUCCCUCCGACGACCCUGAGAUCCCCCCCCCCCCACAGCAGAACCUUGAGAGCAACUGCUGUGAACUGACGUCAAAAACACGCCGGCUGCAGACCACCCGCCCUCCCUCCCUGAGAAUCUGCUGGGGUCGUGAGGGGAACAGAACUUGAAGAGAGGAUGACCAUUAAAAAGACUGGAACCUAUGAGUUUGUUUUGAAACAUUUUGUGUAAGAAUCAUGUAUGGUUAUUAUAUGUAUUAUAUACAGUGCUCCUUUUGUUCUUAAAAAGGAUGUUUAUGCUUAUGAGAAGAGCUUAGCUUCUCCCAAGUGCCAUACAUAUGUGCACUAAAAAAAAGCAAAAGCAAACACACAAAAAGAUAAAUUACUAAAGAUGCUGUGAUCUAUGUAUGUCAUACUGAAUCAUUGUGUGCCGUGUUCAAGUGUAGAGAACCAUCAGGCAAUCACAAUCAUGUCCCAGUCAUGUCGGUGUGUUUGUGUGUGACUGAAGUCCGCUGUGACUUGUGUGCUUGUCAUUCCAAAAUGUGCUGUAGUAAAUCAUUUUGAUUCUAUUUUUUUUUUCCCUUUUUUUUUUUUGGGAUAAUGGUCAAAACCAACACAUCACACUGUGCUCUCAAACUCCAAUAAAACCAACGGCUCUGUUUCUAUA